AUGCUCAACCGGGUCCCCAUCCGGCGCUUGCCAAAUCGGCACACAGAUCAAAGAUCGCGUCGCAUCGCUCGUGCCUGUGAUGAAUGUCGAGCGCGCAAAUCGAAAUGCGAUGGCAAAAGGCCAGUGUGCAGCCUGUGCGCCAGCGCGGGUCGGGAGUCCUGCGUUUAUUCUGAGUCGAAGCGAAUCCAGGAGCGGAGAGAGUUGGAGUCAGCGAACCAGGAAGUCGAUCGCUAUGAUAGACUGCUUCGAGAGAUAUCUCAAGAAGUUGAUCUACCCCUGGCGAAAAAGAUCAUGAAAGCAUUGCGGCCUUCACCCCGAGGGCAAGUGCCACAAGAAAGGGCAAGCAGUCCCUCUAGUGCCUCCUCAGCGUCUUCCGUCGGCUCUUUGGACGCUCUGGAUACUCUCGACGAGGACGUCAACCAAAGCAAAGAUAGCAGAGCUACGGGAUACCUUGGCAAAAGUUCAGAAGCUGCCUGGCUGCAAAGUUUGGAAAAAGAACUUAGGGAUCGACUAGGCGACGAAGGGGACUUCGAGAAUCACCGAAAGUUUCAGCCCAUGAUGGCUGCACCCAUGGCCUCGAUGAACAACCAUAUCGAAUCUGCUGAUUACCCGAGUCUAGAAGACGAUAAUAUUUACUCCCUACCGGCAAAAGCCCCAGCAGAACGGUUACUUAGGCUGUACCUGGACAGCGUGCAACCGUCUCUACCUAUUAUCCGCGAGGCCCUCUUCACAGACCAGUUUAAUUCUUUGUACUCAGGCGAGUCAAUACAUCCUGGGAGAAAAUGGUUGGCUGUGCUGAACCUAGUCUUCGCCAUUAGUAGCAAGUUGUGUCAGAUUUCCGGGCAAGAUAUUCAAAGCAGGGAUCACCAGUUUUUCUCCCGAGCACAGAAGCUGAAUAUAUCUGAGAGUCUAGUGGAGGACCACGAAGAUUUGCAGCAAGUGCAGAUGGAAACGCUCGCAGCAUUCUAUUUGUUGACUUCCUCACAGAUCAAUAGGGCAUGGAAGAUGAUUGGCACAGCAACUCGUUCCAGCAUCGCGCUGGGUCUACAUCUCCGAGCUACGCAUAACAAGUUGAACGCUUCAGCCCUUGAAGCUCGGCAUAAGCUCUGGUGGUCGAUCUUCAUCUUAGAGAACCUUCUCUCUGUCAUGACAGGGCGGGCUUCUGGAUUGGGAAACAGCCUCUUUUCUGCACCCCCGCCCCUCGCUUCAAAGGGUAUGGAAUGUUUCACCAGUAACGCGCCGGAGGCCCGCCUAGAACGGCCAUCUGAGAAUCCGCCUAUGAAGUGGACAAUACACCAGCAACGCGAGCAACUCGAAGCCCAACAAGCGUCAAUGAGGUCAAUGGAUGCUACCAACGAGCUAUACUUUUUCUGCCUAGCAGAUCUAGUUAUGAUCUCGCACACCGCAUCCGCCCACGUGUACAACACUGAUGCUGUGAGGCAGGGAUGGAGUCAUAUUCAGAGCCGUAUUGGCUUCUACAACAAGACAAUGGAGGGGUGGUGUUCUAAUUUACCAGACAGCUUGAGGUUCGAGGUAGUCAGCGCUGGACCGAUUCUUUCCAUCGGGGACGCCUAUAGAGUCUCUCUGGCAAUGCAUUAUUACAGUUCCAGAAUCAUCCUCAACAGGCCCUGUCUUACCCGACCGAAGAACGCGAAGAGCGGCAACAAAAAAUACCUUUCUCGUUCUAGGAAAGAGACUGAGAUGAUCUGCUUGCACUCAGCUCUAGCGAUUCUUUCUAUUUUCCCAAAUCAGCCAGAUCCAGUCUGGGCUUGCUACGCCCCCUGGUGGAAUGUUCUUCACUUCUUGGUUCAAGCCACUGCAAUCUUGAUCAUAAACAUUUCAUUUGACUGCUCGCCGUCAAGAAAGCCGAGGAGCCAAAGUUUUACCAGUGAUUCGAGCACUGAUCAAUUGCUGGAGGAGUCUGAAGUUGCCAAUUCCGAAGCUAUUCGUACCGCAGUCAAGAAAGCGUUACAUUGGCUAUAUUGUCUUGGGGAAACGGACGGCUCUGCACGCUGGGCUUUUGAACUCUGCAACAGCUGCAUCCGUCGUAUAGUACCAAAUGGCUUUGAUCUAGAUGAGUUUGCCUCCAUGAAUACUGCGUCCAAGGUGCCUUAUCCAGACGUACCCACCGAUCCCACUUAUCAGCAACAUCGGAGCAAGCUCGACGUGCCAUACUCACAGUUUGUUGGUACGAGAAAUUUCGGCUACGACCGUAGUACCGGCGUUGAUGCGCUACUCUCGGACUUAGGAGCUACCGACGGUUUUGAUGUCGCUGAACAGCCUUGUUUUGGCACCUUGGGACCUGAGAUCGACAUGUCCAAUUAUAUUGUUGACCCAGAGUGCGCAACUCUCAAUGAGAUGCUGAAAUCACUCGCAGGACCAGAUAACAAGGCUAUUUAG